CUAAUAAAAAGCUCUUCAUCUUUGGCAACUGUACACUAUAAAACCCCAUAAACUAGUUCAAGAAACUUGAGUUUUGACAAAGAGUAUAAAAUGGUCAAAACCGAUUUGCCGUACAAAAUUUACUUGGCCGGUGAUACGGUCUUUUGGCCAGAUGCGCUUGAAAGAUUCGGAAAGAUGAAGGCUAUUUGUCGAGAAUACGGGCUUCAUGGAGUGGCUCCAUUUGACGGCCAGGCUGACGUUCAAGAUUCAAGCCCUGGUUUUGAAACGAGCAUGAAAAUUGCUGCCAUGGAUCGAAGCCUUAUGAAUGAAUGCGACGCUGGAGUUUUUUGUAUAAAUCCUUACCGUCGUGCUGCGGAUAUGGACCCAGGUACAGCUGUUGAAUUGGGUUACAUGGCUGCCCAGGGAAAGCCGCUCGCUGGAUAUACCGAUGACGGUCGCCUUUACACAGAGAAGGUGAAGGAUUACAGAGCUACAGCAUGGAAAGAUGAACUUGUGUUAAGAACUGCCAAGGGCGGAAGCGGUUCGUUUGAAGACGCAGACGGCAUACUCGUUCACUCCGAAGGAAUGUACCAAAACAUCAUGGUCGAAGGUUUCAUUAGAAUGUCUGGAAGCUCCGUCUUUGUUUCCAAAGAUUCAAUGGAUGCCUUCCGCAUGGCUAUAGCGGACCUGAAGCGACUUUUAAGCGGACAUAGUCAAGCCUCAAAGUAAUAAACAAAUAUAGUAAAAGAGCAUUGUAUGAAGAAAUGCGAAAAGGGAAACUGCUAACUACACCUGGGUAAGAAAACUACAACAAGACACGCUACAAACCAAAAUCCAAGCUUAAUUUGAAGCCUAUUAUAAAGAUUAUAUUACUAAUAUUAUACCCAUCCUUGGAAAACUGUGAAAAACUCAUUAAUGAAACUAGUAGUUGUCAAUACCACCGUUCUCUUGACCGAAG